ACCCAUAUGGAACAAGACAGCCCUUGUCACCUUCUUUCUUUUCUUUUUAUUUCAUUUCAUUGAUUCUCGCACCAUUUUUUUAAAAUUUCUACACAUUAGUUCCACUCUUGUGUAGUCUAGUUCCUGAGAAUCUGAGUGUAAUAAAUAUUUUUGGUCUUGUCAUGGGGUUGCAUAGUCCAAACAUACUGUUAGUUCUGAUAACAGCAUUGUUAGCUAAGUCAUUAGUAGUUGUCGAUGCAACAGAGCCCGCGAUUUCAUACGACGCCAGAUCUCUAAUCAUCAAUGGAAACAGGGAGCUGCUUUUUUCGGGUUCAAUUCAUUAUCCCCGUACUCAACCUGAGAUGUGGCCGGAUCUUUUUGAGAAGGCGAAACUUGGAGGCAUAAAUGUUAUUCAGACUUAUAUUUUCUGGAACAUCCAUGAAGCUGUUAAAGACAAGUUGACGUUUGAAGGCAAUGCAGAUAUAGUAAAAUUCUUCAAAGUGGCUCAAGAGCAUGGCUUGUGGGUAUGCCUCCGUGUUGGUCCUUACAUUGCAGCUGAAUGGAAUCAAGGAGGAUUUCCAUAUUGGCUGAGAGAAGUUCCAGACAUCAGUUUCCGUAAUUAUAAUGAGCCUUUCAUGUUCCACAUGAAAAAAUUUACGGAGAUGGUGAUAAACAUGAUGAAGAAAGAGAAAUUGUUCUUACCUCAAGGAGGCCCUAUCAUCCUGAUGCAAAUAGAGAAUGAGUACGGCGCAGUCCAGGCAACAUACAGACAAGAUGGGGAAAAAUACAUUAACUGGGCAGCUGAAAUGGCAACCGGUCUGUACAACGAAGUCCCCUGGAUUAUGUGCAAGCAACCAAAUGCCCCACCUCUAGUGAUAGAAACAUGUAAUGGAAGGCACUGCGCAGAUACAUUCAAAGGGACUAAUGGUCCCAACAAGCCUCUGAUGUGGACUGAGAAUUGGACCGCUCAGUAUCGAGCAUUCGGGGAUCCACCAUCUCAGAGAUCAGCGGAAGAUAUUGCUUUCUCAGUUGCUAACUUCUUUGCCAGGGGUGGAAGUUUCGUUAACUACUACAUGUACUAUGGUGGGACAAAUUAUGGGAGGGUGAGUUCAUCUUUUGUGACAACUAGAUACUACGAUGAAGCUCCGCUUGAUGAAUUUGGCCUCCGAAGAGAUCCAAAGUUUGGUCACCUUCGAGAUGUGCACAGGGCUUUAAGGUUGUCUAAGAAAGCUCUGUUCAAGGGGGCAAAGAGUGAGCAAAAAAUCAACGAACAUGUCAGGGCAGUUAUUUAUGACAAGCCGGGAGAUGCAAGCAUUUGUGCAGCUUUUCUGAUAAACAACAGUACCAAGAUUCCGGCCACAGUGAAAUUCAGGGAAUUGGAUUUUUACGUGCCUGCUAAAUCCAUCAGCAUUCUACCUGAUUGCAAGACUGUUGUAUAUAACUCUGAUACGGUUGUAUCCCAACAUAAUUCGAGAAAUUUCGUUACUGUAAAUACAGACAAUAAUCUAGACUGGGAAUUCUACCGUGAACCGAUCCCAACAAUCGAGACUUUACCUAUUAAGAACCCAACACCCAUUGAGCUAUAUUCUUUGACAAAAGAUGUUUCAGACUAUGCAUGGUACAGCACCAGUGUCAAUUUUGAUCGACGGGAUCUACCAAUGAGGCCGGACGUGUUGCCAAUCAUGCAGAUUCAGAACAAUGGUCAUGCCAUGGUUUCAUUUCUCAAUGGAGAACUUGUAGGAUUUGCUCACGGGAAGUUGGAUGCAAAGAAAUUUACGCAAGAGAAACCAGUAAAUCUUAGGCCAGGAAUCAACCACAUAUCAUUAUUGUGCAUGACAUUAGGGAUCCAGAACAGCGGAGCUCACAUGGAGAAGAGAUGGACAGGACCCGACAAUCUUGUGAUCAAAGGCCUCAACACUGGAACGCUUGAUCUCACCGACAAUGACUGGGGGCACGAGGUUGGUGUCAAUGGAGAGAAGCUUGAAUUGUUUACAGAGGAGGGAGCACAGAAAGUAAAAUGGGAGCUAGAUACAGGACUAGGAACUCCAGCAACAUGGUAUAAGGCAUACUUUGAUGCUCCGCCAGGAGACGAUCCUCUUGCUAUUACCAUGGACUCAAUGCAGAAAGGACAAAUGUGGAUCAAUGGCAAAAGCAUUGGACGUUACUGGGCAUCGUUUAUUACACCUCUUGGGAAGCCUUCCCAAUCUGAGUAUCAUAUUCCAAGGGCAUUUUUGAAACCAACAAAGAACCUUGUUGUGGUAUUUGAGGAAGCAGGAGGAAUCCCUCAUAAUAUUACAAUCUUGACGGUGAACAGAGACACAAUAUGCACUUUCUUAAGAGAGACCACUCCACCUUCAGUUCAUCAAUUCGAGAGGAAAGACAACCAGUUGCGACCUAUUGUCGAUGACUUAAAAGUAGGCGCUCGACUUGAAUGCCCUCCCGGUAAAGUCAUGCAGAGAGUGGAGUUUGCGAGCUUUGGCGACCCAGUUGGUGCCUGUGGAAUGUAUAGUCAAGGAAAAUGCCACUCUCCCAACAGCCAGAAAGUUGUUGAAGAGCAUUGUUUGGGAAAGAGUUCCUGCACUAUUCCACUCAAGAGGGAAGCUUACGAUCAAAAGGAGCAGGAUACUUGCCCAGAAACAUUCAAGGUGUUGGCUGCCCAAGCACUGUGUGUCGCCACACCCUAGAGAGAGAUAUAGAUAGAAUGCGUUUUCAGAGGAGAAUUUCUUUCAGGACUUUCCUUUCUAGAAGGGAAAAAUGGAGGAGUUUGAAGCUUCAGGUGCAAGAUAAUAUCAUCAGGUUUUUUGUAAUGUGUUAGUACAAAUUAUUCAUCAUAAACCAAGUAGAAUCUACUUAUUCUGAAUUUGAGAAAAUCGGAUAGACAACUAAUGCUAAGAGUUGCAUCGCCUGCACUGUGUGUGUAAAGCUCAACUACUUGUCGGUUUUGACACCAUUAUCAAUUGCGAAAGGAAGUCUCAGCAUAGUAGACAGUUCUUUCAUUUCAGAUUC